UGACAUCACAGGCUAGGGAACAGUAGGCAGGCAGUGAAGCACGCAGGCUGCCGACUAGACAGUGAGUCCAGGUCUUGGGGUCAGGAACCGGUCUGACCACAGAAUGGAGAGUCUGUGCAUGUACUAAGUUUUAGGAAUAUAUGCUUUGGAGGAUGUACAAGGAAAACACAAGGAGGCUUCCACGGAUACAGCCAGGGAAUGUCAAGACAUGUUUCAGACCAUAGUGAGUGCAAAUAAAGAUGUCCGAUAGUGUUGAUAUUGAAGAAAAGCCACCUGCCCCCCCUUUAAGAAUGAACAGUAGUUCCCGUGACCCUUCCUCAGUACACAGUUCAAAACCACUUCCAAUGGCUCCAGAGGAGAAGAACAAGAAAGCCCGUCUCAGGUCCAUCUUUCCCGGGGGAGACAAAACCAAUAAAAAGAAAGAGAAAGAGCGUCCAGAGAUAUCCCUGCCGUCUGAUUUUGAGCACACCAUCCAUGUAGGCUUUGAUGCAGUAACGGGGGAAUUCACUGGUAUUCCAGAGCAAUGGGCUCGGUUAUUGCAAACCUCUAAUAUUACUAAGCUGGAACAGAAGAAAAACCCUCAGGCUGUAAUAGAUGUUCUCAAGUUCUACGACUCCAAAGAGACAGUCAACAACCAGAAAUACAUGAGCUUCACAUCAGGAGAUAAAUCCUCUCAUGGUUACAUUGCAGCCAAUACUCUGACAUUGCAGAAUCCUGGUAAAUCUAUCAUCAUGAAAUUAUAUAUUGGGAUAUAA